UAUAUAUAUAUUUGCACACGAUGACCCUUUUGUGAAUCUUACAAUAUCAGACAAGUCCUGAUCGGAGUGAUCGGGACCAUAGAGAGGUUUGGGCUCCGUUCACACUAUACGUCAUUUGUCCGUAUUCUGACGGGAUCAGUAGUGUGAACUUUAACCUCACUGUGUUCCGCUGUCGGACAUUUCGCCGUCACUUCCGGCAGCAUACUGAGCAGUUCCGGCUCUAUGUGAUGACGUCAGGAGGAACCAAGCACCUGUGACCGGCGGGGAAGACGAGAUGUUGCUCAGACGUCUUCAUAGAUCGGCUCAGCUGCUGGUGUUGCAGCGUGUGCCCAGUAGGGGGCAGUCUGGUUUGGUGUCCCCGGUGGAGGAGACGGGCCCCAGAGACGUGUUCCGGACCAGUGAAUGUGAUCCAGACCGGCACACGGACGCACAUGAGGGCCACUUUUACUCCGUCCCCUCUGAUAAGGUCAGAGCCAUCUUUCCUCAUGGUCUUCCUCGACACUUCCAGUUACAGUCUUCCACCUUCAGUGAGACCUGCAUCAUGGUGAGGAAGCCGGCGCUGGAGCUGAUACGGUACCUGAGGGCCACAGACUUCUCACAGCCAGUGCGACGCUACCUCUUAUACGGGAAAGUGGGGACAGGAAAAAGCUUAACCAUGUGUCAUGUCCUACACUACUGCCACAACCAGGACUGGCUCAUCAUACACCUGCCUGAUG